CUACCGUCGCAUUGGGAGAAACUCUCGUGGUUCGAGAGAGAGAGAGACCCCAGAGCAAUGAAGCCGACGAGUCUCCGCCGCCCUGCUUCUUCCAUCUUCCUCCUUCUUCAUGCGCCCACUGCGAUCUCCAGCCAGCCAUCAUCCCCUUCCAUCCUCCCUCUCUCGUCACGCCUUCGUCGUCGUCGGUUUUCCUCGACCCCUAACCUUAAUUUAGAUGACCCAAGAGAGGUCUUGAGUCACGUGAGAAAAAUUUGCAGGAAUGGUGGUGUGUUUUCGAGCGCCGGCGAUGCCCAGCGUUGCUUCGGUGCAUUGAUGAAGACGGACCCUUUGCCUUCCCCCAGGGAUUUCAGUCUUCUGUUGGGUGCUGUAGUGAGGAUGAAGCACUACUCCACUGCCAUCCGCUUGAUUGAGCAGCUGCGUUCGUUAGGAGUUGAAGAUAAUCAUAUUUGGCUGAAUAUUUCGUUGAAUUGCUUCUGUCGGUUACAGCGGGUCGAUUUGGGUUUGUCUAUCCUGGGCAGAAUCUUGAAGCUUGGGUUUCCCAUCGAUGUGGUGGCAUCGAGUACCUUAAUUGAUGGUCUCUUUAUUCAGGGCAAAACUGAUCAAGCACUGAGGUUCCUCGAUGAUAUGGGACGAAAUGGCCCCGAACCUGAUGAGACCACGUAUGCCAUAAUCGCAAAGGGUUUAUGCAGGGUGGGUAACACUAGAUUGGCGAUUGAAUUGCUGAGGGACUGGGAAGAGAGAGGCUGCAGGCUCAAUUCCUUCGCAUACGGCAUAAUAAUAGAUAGUCUUUGCAAGAAGGGAUUCAUCACAGAGGCAUUGAGACUCCACGGCAUUAUGAGCAAGAAAGGCGUCGAACCAGAUGUUGUUACUUAUAAUUCCUUGAUCCACAGUAUGUGCGAUGUAGGCCAGAUGGAAGGUGCUCUCGUAUUGUUGAAACAGAUGACGAGCGGAGGCAUCCAACCCAGCAUAUUCACUUAUAGCUCCUUGGUUCAUUGCUUAUGCAACCGAGGCCAAUGGAAAGAUGCUAUGGUCUUGUUGGAGAAGAUGAUGAACGCAGGUAUCGAACCGGACGUCGUUACUUAUACCUCCGUCAUUCAAGGAGUUUGCAAUUCCGGCCAUUUGGAAGAGGCCCGAAGACUGCUGAGUCAUAUGGUGCAAAGCAGAGUCAUGCCUGACGUUCUAACCUUCGGUAUCCUGGUGGAUGCACAUUGUAAAGAGGGAUUGCUUGUAGAGGCAGAGGCCGUAGUCGACCAGAUGAUUCAAUUAGGUAAAGUGCCUGAUAUUUUCAUUUACAGUACAUUGAUGAAUGGUUAUUGUUUGCAAAAUAGGAUGAAAGAUGCAAUGGAAGUGCUUAAUUUGAUGGUUGAAAGAGGCUGCUCACCGACUGUUGUUACUUAUAACACGUUGAUUAACGGAUACUGCAAAGCGAAAAGAAUGGACAAGUCAAAGAUUCUUUUCCAAGAAAUGCUUCAAAGGGGCCUGAUUCCUGAUGUCAUCACAUACAACACUCUCGUGGACGGAUUUUGCAAGGUUGGGAACCUUGAAGCCGCAGCGGAGCUAAUUAACGAAAUGCAUUCUCGCGAUCUCUCCCCAAAUCAUUAUACCUUGGGUGCUUUCCUCGAUGGCUUGUGUAAAACGCAGCAGAUUGACAAGGCCAUGAUAUUGCUUCAAAAGAUGGAAGAUUCCAAAAUCAUCCCUAACAUCGUGACUUACAGUAUCCUAAUAAAUGGCAUGUGUAAUGCCGGAAAGCUCGACGAUGCAAUAGGGCUGUUUGAUUGUUUGCAUGCUCGAGGGUUGCAACCUAACGUGUGGACGUAUAGUAUUGUCAUGCGUGGAUUGUGCAAAGGAGGACGCACGGAGGAAGCAUAUCAGCUGCUAAAGGAGAUGCAAGGAAAUGGAUGCCUUCCAGAUGGUGUUGCUUAUAACACAAUCAUCCAAGGACUACUAAGAGAUAACGAAAAUACGAGAGCAGCGCAACUUGUUGGUGAAAUGGUUGAAAGGGGUUUUUCUGCAGACUUAGCAACAAUGGAGUUGUGGGUUAAAUUUCUCUUGACAAAUGGAGCUCCUUCAUUUUCUAACAUUGCUUGCCAAACCACAUUGACAUCUGGAGUGGCACCAAUCAACUUCAUUACAAACAGGCUCAUAGGAUUUAACUUUCUUUCGCUCUCUAUAGAGCUUGACAGUGAGAGACGGGGAGAGAGAUGGAGAGAGCGCCAUGAGCUGAAGCUUUUCAGUUUUCAGAUUCGUCAUCAACUGAUGAAGCCAACGAAUGUCUGCCCUGCUUCUUCCAUCUUCCUCCUCCUUCGUGCUCCAGCUGCCAUCUCCAGCGAGUCCACAUCCCAUUCCAUCCUCCAUCUCCCUUUCUCGUCUCACCGUCGUCGGAGGUUUUCCUCGACCCCUAACCCUAAUUUAGACGACCCCAACCAGGUCUUGUGUUGCGUGAGGACAAAUCGCAGACCUGGUGGUGGUGGUGGUGGUGGUGUGUUUACGAGUGUCGGUGAUGCCCUGUGUUGCUUCGGUAAAAUGAUAAAGGCUAGCCCUUUGCCUUCCCCCAGGGAUUUCAAUCUACUGUUGGGCGCUAUAGCGAGGAUGAAGCACUACUCGACCGCCAUCCGAUUGAUUGAGCAGCUGCCUUCGUUGGGGAUCAAGGGUGAUGUUGCCUUGCUCAGUAUUUGGAUAAAUUGCUUCUGCCGGUUAAAGCGGGUCGAUAUGGGCUUGUCUAUUCUGGGCAGAAUCUUCAAGCUUGGGUUUCGCAUCGAUGUGGUGACGUGGAACACCCUGAUUGAUGGUCUCUUUAUUCAGGGCAAAACUGAUCAAGCCUUGAGGUUCCUCGAUGAUAUGGGACAAAAUGGCCCCGAACCGAGUGAGGCCACGUAUGCAAUAAUCGCCAAGGGGUUAUGCAGGGCAGGUAACACCAGAUUGGCGAUGGAAUUGCUGAGGGACUGGGAAGAGAGAAGCUGCAGCAUCAAUUCCUUCGCAUACAACAUAGUGAUGGAUGGUCUUUGCAAGGAGGGAUUGAACACAGAGGCACUGAGACUCCACGAAAGCAUGAGUAAGAAAGGUAUCAAACCAGAUGUUGUUACUUAUACCUCCUUGAUCCACGGUCUGUGCACUGUAGGCCAGAUGGAAGAUGCUCUAGCAUUGUUGGAAGAGAUGGCGAGUGGAGGCAUCCAACCCAACUUAUUCACUUAUAACUCAUUGGUCCAUUGCUUAUGCAACCUAGGCCAAUGGAAAGAUGCUACGGUCUUGAUGGAGAAGAUGAUGGAGGCAGGAAUUGAACCGGACGUCGUUACGUAUACCUCUGUCAUUCAAGGAGUGUGCAAUUCCGGCCAAUUGAAAGAGGCCCAAAGACUGCUGAGUCAUAUGGUGCAAAGCAGAGUCAUGCCAAAUGUUCAAACCUUCAAUAUUCUGGUGGAUGCACAUUGUAAAGAGGGAAUGCUUGUAGAAGCAGAGGCCAUAAUCAACCAGAUGAUUCAAUUAGGUAAAAUGCCUGAUAGUUUCACUUAUAGUACAUUGAUGAAUGGUUAUUGUUUGCAAAAUAGGAUGGAUGAUGCUAUGGUGGUUCUUAAUUUGAUGGUUGAAAGAGGCUGCUUACCUAAUGUCGUUUCUUAUAACACGUUGAUUAAUGGAUACUGCAAAGGGAAAAGAGUUGACAAGUCAAAGAUGCUUUUCCAAGAAAUGCUUCAAAGGGGCUUGAAUCCUGAUGUCAUCACGUACAACAAUCUCAUAAAUGGAUAUUGCCAGGUUGGGAACCUCAAAGCCGCGGGGGAGCUUAUUAACGAGAUGGGAAUUCGCAAGCUGUAUCUAGAUCAUUACACCUUGAAUUCUUUCCUGGAUGGCCUGUGUAAAACGCAACAGAUUGACAAGGCCAUGAUAUUGCUUCAAAAGAUGGAAGGUUCCAAAUUUGUCCCAGAUAUUGUGACUUACAAUAUUAUAAUAAAGGGCAUGUGUAAUGCCGGAAAGCUCGACGAUGCUAAGGGGCUGUUUGAUUGUUUGAAUGCUCGAGGCUUGCAACCUGAUGUGCAGACAUAUAAUAUUGUCAUGCAUGGAUUGUGCAAAGGAGGAUGCAUGGAGGAAGCAUAUGAGCUGCUAAAGGAGAUGGAAGGAAAUGGAUGCAUUCCAGAUGGUGUCACUUAUAAUGCAUUGUUGAAUGGUUAUUGUUUGCAAAAUAGGAUGGAUGAUGCUAUGGCGGUUCUUAAUUUGAUGGUUGAAAGAGGCUGCUCACCUGAUGUUGUUACUUAUAACACGUUGAUCAACGGAUACUGCAAAGCGAAAAGAGUUGACAAAUCAAAAAUACUGUUCCAAGAAAUGCUUGAAAGGGGCUUGAAUCCUAAUGUCAUCACGUACAACACUCUCAUAAAUGGAUUUUGCCAGGUUGGAAACCUUGAAGCCGCGGGGGAGCUAGUUAACGAGAUGCGAUCUCAUGAUCUGUAUCUAGAUCAUUAUACCUUGAAUUCUUUCCUGGAUGGCCUGUGUAAAACGCAACAGAUUGACAAGGCCAUGAUAUUGCUUCAAAAGAUGGAAGGUUCCAAAUUCUUCCCAAACAUUGUGACUUACAAUAUUAUAAUGAACGGCAUGUGUAAUGCCGGAAAGCUCGACGGUGCUAAGGGGCUGUUUGAUUGUUUGAAUGCUCGAGACUUGCAACCUGAUGUGCAGACAUAUAAUAUUGUCAUGCAUGGAUUGUGCAAAGGAGGAUGCAUGGAGGAAGCAUAUGAGCUGCUAAAGGAGAUGGAAGGAAAUGGAUGCAUUCCAGAUGGUGUCACUUAUAACACCAUCAUCCAAGGGCUUCUAAGAAAUAAAGAAAAUACAAGAGCAGCACAACUUGUUGGAGAAAUGGUCGAAAGGGGUUUUUCUGCAAAUGUAGGGACGAUGGAGUUGUGGGUUAAGUAUCUUGUGACGAAUGGAACGACUUCUCCUUCUUCUUCCAGUUGAACUCUCCAUUGUGUGUGAGAUCUGUCUGCCUUUUUCAGCUGAAAUAUGAUGCAGAGUAAACCAGAUCGACGGCAAGUUUUCUUCCACACACCAUCUCAUUGAGUUCCAUGUCCCAUUAAUGAAGUUGUUUUAAAGUCAGGGAGAUGCUCUCUCUUGCUUCAUUAUGAGGCUUUUGGAAGGGUGGAAGGUGAAGUUUGUUUAUUGGAUACCUAGGUUCUGUAAUAAGUCUCUGUAUCUAACUGGUACAUGGACUCAUCAGUUGGUGCUUCUGGUGCCUAAUAUUUAUCAAACAGGUGAAUUCAUAUAGAUGAUCAAGCGGUGUGAGGAUGUUCUUGAAUUAAAUAGAUGUUAAAAGCAAUAACUUAACUGUGUACUAUAUGCAAUUCAGACGUUAUACACAAAUAUCUUGGGCCUCUUCCUCAAAAUGGAACUAAAGAAAACAAUGUUCUUUCCUGGGGUGUAAUGUAUGUGCUUUGAGAGAGAGAGAUAAUGUAAUGUAAUGGCUUAUUUAACGUAGUUCUUAAAAGAAGAUGCACGGGUGGAAGUGGAUGGUAUAUGAUCAUGGUGAUGGGCAGUUUGAAUCAAUGGUGGUGAAUACGUGUGGCGAGCUGGGUACUCAGACUAUCAUCGCAGGUCGAUUUCAUAUGUGGGUUAUUUUCUCUGCUUCUUACAGCGUAGUUCGAGGGAUGGCUUGCUGACUAAGGAACAUGGCUGCAAGUGUAUGGAAACAACCUGCGGUAUCUUUUCCUUGCUCUGUGGGGAAUUUUCUGAAAAGUGUCUAGCGAUGGGUGAACAUGAAUACUGCCGACAGACAUUGCCAAUGCCAAGCCACGUUGAUAUCUUGAAUGGCGCCAAUCAACUUCAUUACAGACAGGCCUGUAGGAUGUAACUUUCUUUCGCUCUCAAUAGAGUACAUUCAUUGCCAAUUUAGUGUUUUAAUAACUGAAUGAGGAAGACGUGUUUGGGUUUG